AAUAUCAUUCAGGAAAAAAAUACAAAAAGAAAAAACUCUCUGACGCCACCUACAAAAGAAACUGGAAUAACACAGCGAAACUAAGAAAAUUCAAUCUCUGUGCUGCCACCUUGAAAUAAAAUCGGAGUAACACAUGAAAUCGUCUACUGGCAGAAUGAACUCGAGAAUCCAUUCAUCCAUUAUCUGUAACCGCUUAAUCCUAGAGGGUUGCGGUGAGCCAGAGCCUAACCCGGCAGACAUAGGGGUGCAAGGCGGGACUACACGCCAGUCCAUCGCAGGGCAACUAAGAGAUGCCAAUCCAUCUAGCCAGCAUGUUUUUGGACUGUGGUAGGAAACCGGAGUAAAAACACGGGGAGACCAUGCAAAUUCCACAGACAGACCUCUGAGUCCAGAAUCAAACCCCGGACCCUGGAGCUGUGAGGCAGUAACGCUAACCACCGUGACCCGGAGAAUGCAGGAACGCAAAUAAUUUAAUGCAUGCAAAAAUGUGAUCCCGCGUCUGCUGUCCCUCACUUCGAUUGAUUAUGACUUCCAAGGUUUGUUACAAUUAUAAACGUACUGGGAUUCCAAAACUCCCGAAAGCAACUGGACAAAGGAUGUUAUUUACAGGACCGGGUGGCAUAGGUGAUUACAGAGCAAAAAAUGCUGAUUUCCCACAUCACAUUGGCGAAGGCGAGCUGUCUCGUGAGGCUACCAGCAGGCUGGAUUACCUGUACCGCGCUGCCCCAGGGUCCCCGGCUCCAAGGCCUAAACACUGCUAUGUAGGAGGAGUUGGCUGGGGAGUCCUGGAGUAUAGUGUGUUAAAUAGCAGGACUCUUAAGAGCAACAUGCAGUUCAAGCUGGUGAAUUUUCGUCAGGCUUGUGAAGACAAAGUGACUCACAGGUAUCAAAAUCCAUGGCAACCUUCCCCACAUAUUCUUGAUGAGCAGCCCGGAAGAGCCCGCAGUAAACUAGGAUGGACUCACAACCUCUACGAUGAUUACUGUUAUGGAAACAGCACAUGGACCCGUCGAUACGGAGAUAAGAAAUUGCCUGCUGCUACCCCAAUCUGUGUGUUAAAGAAUCGAAGAGCUCAACAAAGUCCCCGUGUUUUUUCUGAAGAAUCGAUUGGUUUUCACUCCGCUCAAAGAAACUGAUGGAAAAAGUGCUUCCAACGCAUCUCGCACCCACUACUAUGGCAUUUGUCUGAUAAUCAAUAAUAUUAAAAUCAGACAACUCCUAAAAGCAAAAAUGAUGUGUGUAUCUGUUUCCUCUGAAAGUAGGUUGGACCAAUUAAAUUUACCAAGUCUGUGUUGAUUUUCUUUUUUGAUUUUGGUGUGAAAUUCCCUAAAUGAAGGGAAGGCAAUAGAAAGAAACAAUACAGCAUGACUAAAUCAUCACAAACUGACGC